AUGACCGUGGCCUUGGCAUUCGAGAGUGACGAUGGCUCGCGAGUCAUUGAGACGCAGCUGCAGGUCCACGAGAGCGACGGGGUGCGCGUCCAAGACCGGGACUUCCGAGAUUAUUACGACGUGGCGCGCACGGUAGAGCAGCUCCAUCGGGGCGGGUACAGGAAGAUCGCGCUGCAGUUUCCAGACUCGCUCCUGCCGGAUGCACCUCAGGUCCAGAAGGAGCUGAAGGACCGACUCAAUGGCCAAUGGGAGCGCGUGUUUGUGCUGGGCGAUACGUCGUACGGAAGCUGCUGCGUGGACGAAGUGGCGGCGCAGCACCUGGUUGCGGACUGCAUUGUGCACUACGGCCGGUCCUGUUUAAGUACGACGACGAAGAUUCCGGUGAUUUACGUGUUUGGCAAUGCGCCAAUUCAAGUUGACGAGUGUGUGGAGCAGUUGAGUGAGCGAGUUGCAGCCGUCGAUGUAAAGAAGAUGUUGGUGCUGCUGUAUGAACCUCGCUACCAUCAUGCAAGUUGUGCUGUCUUUGAAAGGCUCAAGGAGAAAGUCGACGGACGCAAGCUGGUGUUUGGAAUCAUGAAAACGUUCUAUGACCCGACGGAAGAGGUCGAAGACGUUGAGACGUCGAAUGAGGGUGAGCAAUCUUCGCUGUCAGUGCUUCACAUUGGAGGACAAGACAUUGUCGUGGACUCCGAGACUGCCGAGGUCACUUCGGAAACGUUUGCGGUGCUGUACAUUGGGACAGAGUCGGCACACCUCACCAGUAUUCUCAUGCGGCACAGCACUGUCGAUUGCUUUUCGUACAAUCCUGAGACGAUGUCGACUCGCAAAGAGGGUGCAACUGUCAAUCGUGCGCUUAUGAGACGUUUUUUUCUUGUCCAACAAGCCAAGGAAGCACAGAUUUACGGCAUUUUGAUGGGUACGCUCGGUGUCAACAAGUACCUGGACGUGGUGCAUGGUGUUCAGAAGCUGAUCAAAAAAAGCGGACGUAAGUCGUACCUGUUCGUCGUGGGUAAAGUCAAUGUGCCCAAACUCGCCAAUUACGCCGAGAUCGACGCUUUUGUGCUUGUGGCAUGUCAGCAGAAUACGUUGAUGGAUAGCAAGGAGUUCUACAAGCCAAUCGUGACUCCGUACGAGCUGCAACUUGCGUUGUCACCCACUGACGUGUGGGAUGGCCAAUACAAGAUGGACUUUCGCGAGGUGAUACCAGCACUCGAGCACACGGCGCGGAGCGUGGAACAGGUUUUCGGUGGAGGUGCGGCGGAUGACGUCGACAAACCGUUUUUCUCGCUGGUUUCUGGAACAUACAAAGCAUCUUCACGGUCGACGGCAGCUAACCGCGAGGCUACAGUCCACGCACUCACAGCAUCAGCUGAGGAGCUUGACGCAUCAAGUGCGUUGCAGGUCAAAGAUGAACGCAAGGAGCUUUCGACAUACCGCAGUGAGGCUGGUGACUAUUUGACUACAAGGGAGUACCAAGGUUUGGACCCACGUAUUGGUCAGACGCCUGCACAUGCCGCUACCGAAGGCAGCACCGGUAUUGCACGUGGAUACACACAUGAAAUUGAAUAG